UGCCACCACCAGCGAUCAUCUGUCGCGUGAUUUAUCGAAGCACUGCCAUCUCAAUUGCGGAACAACAAAAAGCCGCCAAGUCCCUCAGCUGAUUUAAACUGGCCAAUUGUUUGGGCGAGUACUAUAGAAGUGAAACCAGAGCCACCAAAAUGGACAAUCUGGCUGCCACGGCUGACGGAGCUUCUAUUUAUUCGCUUACACUCGUGUUCUUUUAAUGAAAGCAUUCAUGUCGAACCAACAUAUCAGGGAGAUGUGAUGUCAGUGAAUGCUUUAAAUUAACAACUAAAUUUACAUUUAAAUAUCGUUUAAUUGAGAAAAGUAAAUUGCUUUUUAAAUGGAAACCUAUAUUCACAUACAAAACUCGAAAUCGGAUUUUAGUUUCAAUAAUGCGUUUGUCAGUGGCUUUACUUGUUGGCGCCUUGCUGAUCUGGAGCGUGUGCUGCGAACCUAAGGUAAUAUAUAAGACGACGAAUUUAGAAUGCUUCACCAUUCCAAUGCUCACUGCUAAUGCCUCGUGCAUCCUGAAGGCCAUAAACUGGAAUAUGGCCGUGGCCCAGAUGGAUGUGUAUUUUCUGCAGCCUGUGAACAAUAUGACGGUUCGUAUAAAAGUCUUUAAACGAGACUACAGCAAUAAGUAUCAUCCUUUUCUGGUGGAUGUUUUGGUUAAUCUAUGCGACAUUAUUGACCGAAGAAAUCAUAGUCCUUAUGGAAAGUACAUGUGGAAUCUGUUCAAACGUUAUACCAACUUUAAUCACUCAUGCCCAUUUGUGGGCCACAUGUUUGCACGUGAUUUAUUCAUAGAUGAGAGCGUUGUGCCUAUUAAGCUACCGUUGGGCUACUACCAAGUUUCAUUGACUUCGUUUGAAAACUACAGAGACAAGCCACCCCUAUGUCUGGGUACGAUCAAGUUCUAUGCCCAGUCCAUGAUUCCAGUGACGUCGAAACGAAAUAGAACCAUGCCAAUGAACAGAACCAAUAUCCAGGAUACGCUGCAAACCGCCAUUAUACCCGUACAAAUUGGGAAUUAAGUGGAAUAUGAAUUGAAUAUUUUGCAUGAGAAAACUUUUUUCGAAUUCAAUUAAAUCGCUUUAUAAUGUUACCUGUGAAGACCUGCUGUACGUAUAAUUGAAUGUAGAUAACAACUAAAUGUACAUUUAAAUAUCGUUUAAUUGCGAAAAGUAAAUUGCUUUUCAACUGGAAACCUAUAUUCACAUA